AUGUAUACAUCGGCGCAAGCAUCCAAGACAUGCCUUUCCUCCUUCGUUAGUGAAGAACUAAUUGCCAUUCGGAAAACGAAAAUCCUGUCUUCGCGAUGUCUCCUUGCCCUUCACGCUAGCCUGCUCCUUACAUCACACCUCCUCGUCCUCCUUCUCUCCUCCCCUCCCCCUUCGCAAAUUGCUUUGAUCCAAAGGAACAGAGGAGCUAAUGACAACCAGGGCCGAAAUAUUGCCCCAGCAGUUCACCCUAGGGAUGAUGGAAAAAUACCGAGAGAGAGAGAGAGAGAGAGAGAGAGAGAGAGAGAGAGAGUGAGAGACAAUAUACAAGGUAAGAACGAAUCAAGAAAUUUCUCUUUCCAACAACUCAUAUUGUCUUUCCUGCCGCUUAUCUAACGUACAAGAACAAAGAUAUGAAAUGCUAAGGAUAAUAAAACCUGGAACAAAGGGAACUCAGUGCCAGAGGAAAUGCUUCAAGGACUUGGAAAUAAAAUUUUCACUGCUCGGAUCUUAUCAACGGCUCUUUAUGUCCUUGUCAAUAAAUACUUGAAAAAUAAAAUAAAAUAAAUAAAAAAGGGAACCGAUUUAAGGGAGCUACCGUUCUUUAUAGAAUACCUAUCAAUAAAAUUGAAAGAAGGGCGUUUAUUAUCGCAGAAUGCCAUAAUAUUUUCUUAAUUAAAAAAAAAAAACCAAUUCAUUGAAAAAAGCAUUACCUAUUACAAAUCUUACUAUGCUUAUAUUUUUUUAACAAUGAGUAUGAUAAUAGUAUAAAAUGGAUCAAAAACUCAAUCAUAAGAUAAAAAUUUACUUAAUUCUUAACGGGAAAUAAAUAUACUUCAAGCUAUUUCGUUCUGUUUUCAGUCAGGCCAUUCUCCUUUAAAGCUCUUGAUUUUCUUUGUUCGUUUCGGCCGGGAAAUCUAAUCUACCAUCUGUCCCACUCUGGCUCCAGAUAUCGAGCUUUAUCUCCCUGAAACACCGACCUAUGAUUUACCGUCGAAAUGGUUGCACUCAUAAUUCUAUGGUCAUUAUAUAUUCGAAAUCUAUGUAGCACAUAAUUAUUUUCAGAUUCGAAACAAUUUUAUUUUUUUAGACGGUUAAAGUAUACCCAUGCAAAUAAGUCAUCACUAAAAAUUCUUAAAACUGUAAAACUGAAGUCUGUUAUAAAAGAAAAAAACUGGGAUUGAAAAACUUGUUCGAUAAAUUACUUUCGUAUAAUAUAUUUAAGAAGUAUAACAUAUUGAAUUGUUUUAAAUUUGAUUUGACAUGGUUACUCUUUGUAUUCCGCUCAAGAAACCAAAAAUAAAAUAAAAAUUAUUUCGAAGUAAUUUUGAAACUGGAGUUGCUAUCCCAAAACCUAGUAUUUCUAAAAAACUUUCUUACUCAGUUUCUAUAGUUCUAUUAGUAAGAAAUCAAAGUCUAAUAUUUUUAGAACUAGUUCUUAAUACCAGUAUUGCGGCUAAGGAGAGGCGCUGGGAUAUCCUAUAGUCCUUUCUUUCCUUCCACGAAUUGGGUCGGAGUCCUUCUAAGUGAAUGGAUUUUAUAAAUAUUGUAAAAAAGUAUGUCCGUAUUUAAAUAAUCAGUUUGAUUGGUUUAGUUCCUUUUUGUUUGUAUACAUUUACUUUAAAUAUUAUUUAUUGUACUUUGAGUGUGAAUGACCUACUCUAUCAAUAUUACUAAUGUCCUUAAAUGUGACUAAACUUAAUAUUACUCAAUAAAGAAAUGUGUUUUAAAAACAAAUAUUUUUUUGAAACU